AUGAACUUCAGUCAAGGUGCAAUUCAAUACAUUGACUUGGACGCAACAAGCAAAUCACGAACUGUGUUUCUGGACGCCAAACCCAUUUACCAUGAAGAUAAGCCCACCAUUUCCAAUGCAUUCAACAAUCGAGUCGGUUUCCCUCCGAACUCUGCAAGGGAUGCGUUUGGUUUAGAAAGUGAAUUCAAUUCCAGAUCUGAUAUAGUUUACGGCAUCACAAAACCGAUCUACAACGUUCUGCGGAUGCUGGGAGUGUUUCCUUUCUCGAGACCUUCACCCGGAGUAACACUGUUCACAUGUGCAAGUUCAUCGAUGGCGUACUGUAGCGUAUUUUUCGUGACACUCAUGGUUUACGUCAGCUACAUCACUUUCCAACGAAUCCAGAUCGUUCGCACAUUGGAAGGUCGCUUUGAGGAAGCCGUCAUUGCAUAUCUGUUCAUCGUCAACAUCCUGCCGGUGCUAAUCAUUCCGCUAAUGUGGUACGAAACGCGUAAAGUGUCCAAUCUGCUCAACCAAUGGGUGGAUUUCGAGGCCAUGUAUCGUAGAACUGCGGGUCGGGACCUGGAGCUGGAUUUCAAGACCAAAGCCCUGCUGAUUGCUGUCCUAUUGCCGGCUUUGUCAUGUCUAGCGGUAAUAAUCACCCACGUCACUAUGGUCGAAUUUCAACUGUUUCAGGUCAUUCCGUACUGCAUUUUGGACACAUUAACCUACAUGAUGGGUGGCUACUGGUACAUGGCCUGCGAGACGCUCAGUAUAACUGCUAAUAUUCUUGCCGAAGAUUUCCAACGGGCAUUGAGACACGUUGGACCUGCGGCUAUGGUAUCGGAGUACCGUUCCUUGUGGCUUCGUCUGAGCAAGCUGGCUCGGGACACCGGAUUUUCCACGUGCUACACCUUCACUUUCCUGUGUCUCUAUCUAUUCUUCAUUAUCACCCUGUCGAUUUACGGCUUGAUGUCACAAAUUUCCGAAGGAUUCGGCAUCAAAGAUAUAGGGCUGGCAGUGACAGCUUUCUGCAGCGUGGGAUUGCUGUUCUUCAUCUGUGACGAAGCUCACUACGCCUCGUUCAAUGUUCGAACCAAAUUUCAGAAGAAGUUGCUCAUGGCGGAGCUUAGCUGGAUGAACUCGGAUGCGCAAACUGAGGUUAACAUGUUCUUGAGGGCAACCGAGAUGAAUCCCUCCAAUAUCAAUCUGGGUGGAUUCUUCGAUGUCAAUAGAACGCUGUUCAAAUCGCUACUAGCCACAAUGGUCACAUAUUUGGUAGUCCUGUUGCAGUUCCAAAUCAGUAUUCCAGAUGAUACGACCGCGAUGUUGGCGUAUAAUACGACAAGCUCACGUCGUGAAUAA